CGGCGGAGUAAGGGGUGGGCUAUAGGGCCCGAUCGCCGCGCUAGGGUGGUGGGCAACGAGGUCCCAGCAGUGGACGAGGGAGGUGCCACCGCCGCCCAGGAUGGGCUGGGAAUGAAGCGAUGUAGCCUUUUAAGAGAUUUGCUCUGACCCGUCUGAAGUCCAUAUGGCUCUGUAUGAUGAAGACCUCCUGAAAAAUCCUUUCUAUCUGGCUCUGCAAAAGUGGCGCCCCGACUUGUGCAGCAAAGUGGCCCAAAUCCACGGCAUCGUCUUAGUACCCUGCAAAGGAAGCCUGUCGAGCAGCAUCCAGUCUACUUGUCAGUUUGAGUCCUACAUUUUGAUACCUGUGGAAGAACAUUUUCAGACCUUAAAUGGAAAGGAUGUCUUUAUACAAGGGAACAGGAUUAAAUUAGGAGCUGGUUUUGCCUGUCUUCUCUCAGUGCCCGUUCUCUUUGAAGAAACUUUCUACAAUGAAAAAGAAGAGAGUUUCAGCAUCCUGUGUAUAGCCCAUCCUUUGGAAAAGAGAGAGAGUUCAGAAGAGCCUUUGGCACCCUCAGAUCCCUUUUCCCUGAAAACCAUUGAAGAUGUGAGAGAGUUCUUGGGAAGACACUCCGAGCGAUUUGACAGGAACAUCGCCUCUUUCCACCGAACAUUCCGAGAAUGCGAGAGGAAGAGCCUCCGUCACCACAUAGACUCAGCGAAUGCUCUCUACACCAAAUGCCUCCAGCAGCUUCUGAGGGACUCUCACCUGAAAAUGCUCGCCAAGCAGGAGGCCCAGAUGAGCCUGAUGAAGCAGGCAGUGGAGAUGUACGUCCAUCAUGAAAUUUACGACCUGAUCUUUAAAUACGUGGGGACCAUGGAGGCAAGCGAGGAUGCUGCCUUUAACAAAAUCACAAGAAGCCUUCAAGAUCUUCAGCAGAAAGAUAUUGGUGUGAAACCGGAGUUCAGCUUUAACAUACCUCGUGCCAAAAGAGAGCUGGCUCAGCUGAACAAAUGCACCUCCCCACAGCAGAAGCUUCUCUGCUUGCGAAAGGUGGUGCAGCUCAUCACACAGUCUCCAAGCCAGAGAGUGAACCUGGAGACCAUGUGUGCUGAUGAUCUGCUAUCAGUCCUGUUAUACUUGCUUGUGAAAACGGAGAUCCCUAAUUGGAUGGCAAAUUUGAGUUACAUCAAAAACUUCAGGUUCAGCAGCUCGGCAAAGGAUGAACUGGGAUACUGCCUGACCUCAUUCGAAGCUGCCAUUGAAUACAUUCGGCAAGGAAGCCUCUCCGCUAAACCCCCUGAGUCUGAGGGAUUUGGUGACAGGCUGUUCCUUAAGCAGAGAAUGAGCUUACUCUCUCAGAUGACUUCAUCUCCCACCGACUGCCUGUUUAAGCACAUUGCAUCAGGUAACCAGAAAGAAGUGGAGAGACUUCUGAGCCAAGAGGACCACGAUAAAGAUGCUGUCCAAAAGAUGUGUCACCCUCUCUGCUUCUGCGAUGACUGCGAGAAACUCGUCUCUGGGAGGUUGAAUGAUCCCUCAGUUGUCACUCCAUUCUCCAGAGACGACAGGGGGCACACCCCUCUCCAUGUGGCUGCUCUCUGUGGGCAGGCAUCCCUCAUCGACCUCCUGGUUUCCAAGGGCGCCGUGGUAAACGCCACAGACUACCACGGGGCCACUCCACUCCACCUGGCCUGUCAGAAGGGCUACCAGAGCGUGACGGUGAGCAGUGGUGCCUUUGUGGUGGGCUGUCGCUUUGCACCUGUGAGCUUCGUGUUCUGCGCGGGUGACUGUACGGUCAUGCUGGCUACCCUGCACCCGUCUCCUGGCACUGUGUCCUCGUACCACAGCAGCUCUGCUGCAGCAGUAGUCAGGAAGUCCAAGGACCCCGGGGUGUCCUGGGAAGACUUUCUGGGUCUCCUGGACAAGAUCUGUGUGAAGGCUCUGGUCUACUACGACGUGGAGUCGUGCAGGCUUGACAUUGGCAACGAGAAAGGAGACACCCCUCUACACAUUGCUGCCCGCUGGGGCUACCAAGGCGUCAUGGAGACAUUGCUGCAGAACGGAGCAUCCACCGAGAUCCAGAACAGACUAAAGGAGACGCCCCUCAAGUGUGCGUUAAACUCAAAGAUUCUAUCUAUAAUGGAAGCCCAUCACCUGUCCUUCGAGAGGAGGCAGAAGGCAUCCGAGGCCCCCGUGCAGUCCCCGCAGCGCUCCGUGGACUCCAUCAGCCAAGAGUCCUCUACUUCCAGCUUCUCCUCCAUGUCAGCCGGCUCAAGGCAGGAGGAGACCAAGAAGGACUAUAGAGAGGUAGAAAAACUUUUAAGAGCAGUUGCUGAUGGAGAUCUAGAAAUGGUGCGUUACCUAUUGGAGUGGACAGAGGAGGACCUGGAGGAUGCGGAGGACACUGUCAGUGCAGCAGACCUCGAAUUCUGUCACCCCUUGUGCCAGUGCCCCAAGUGUGCCCCAGCUCAGAAGAGGCUGGCGAAGGUUCCUGCCAGCGGGCUUGGUGUGAACGUGACCAGCCAGGACGGCUCCUCCCCGCUGCAUGUCGCCGCCCUGCACGGCCGGGUGGACCUCAUCCCCCUCCUGCUGAAGCACGGGGCCAACGCGGGUGCCAGGAAUGCAGACCAAGCUGUUCCGCUCCACCUGGCCUGCCAGCAGGGCCACUUCCAGGUGGUGAAGUGUCUCUUAGAUUCGAAUGCAAAACCCAAUAAGAAGGACCUCAGUGGAAACACGCCCCUCAUUUAUGCCUGCUCCGGUGGCCAUCACGAGGUUGCUGCCCUGCUUCUACAGCAUGGGGCCUCCAUUAACGCUUCUAACAAUAAGGGCAACACAGCGCUGCAUGAGGCUGUGAUUGAAAAGCACGUCUUCGUGGUAGAGCUGCUUCUGCUCCACGGAGCGUCAGCUCAGGUGCUGAACAAGCGGCAGCGCACGGCUGUAGACUGUGCCGAACAGAAUUCAAAAAUAAUGGAAUUGCUUCAGGUGGUACCAAGCUGUGUUGCCUCAUUAGACGAUGUGGCCGAAACUGACCGCAGGGAGUAUGUUACUGUUAAGAUCAGGAAAAAAUGGAACUCAAAACUGUAUGAUCUACCAGAUGAACCUUUUACAAGACAGUUUUACUUUGUCCACUCAGCCGGUCAGUUUAAGGGAAAGACUUCAAGGGAGAUUAUGGCAAGAGAUAGAAGUGUCCCUAAUUUAACCGAAGGUUCUUUGCAUCAGCCAGGGAGGCAAAGUGUCACCCUGAGACAGAAUAACCCGCCAGCUCAGAGUGGAUCUCAUGCUGCUGAGAAAGGCAACAGUGACUGGCCGGAGGGGCCUGGACUGACACAGACUGGCCCUGGACACAGGCGGAUGCUGCGGAGACACACAGUGGAGGAUGCAGUCGUGUCCCAGGGCCUGGAGGCUGCUGCUCCCCAAGAGGUUAGUGCUUCCCGGUCCUAACAGGAAUGACGAGUUGUUGAACCUGCUGCCAGGAAGCAAGGAUGCAACAAGAGGAUGCUGACUGAGGACUAAAUGUGCUUCCAUGAAACUGGCUUGAGAAGUCUUCAGCACCAAGUUCCUGAAAGCUUUUCUGUGGCUAAGAAUGCAACAAAAAAGUUCACCACCACCACCUCUCUCCUCUUCAAAGCUAAUGAAUACACUUGAAACAGAAAUUCCAGUAGAGUCCAGAUCCUUAAGCCAGAGGUGCAUGCUUCUUUUUAAGUAUGAGGGUUUGUCGGUCACAGGGGGAGAGGUUUCACCACCAGAUUCUGACCUCCUCCUCCCUAAAGGUGCUAAACCUCUCUGACCUGUGUACAUUCACAAACCACAACUAGAAUUCCUCCACCUGGGAUGAAGCAGGAGAGAAGCAAUUUAGGUUUCAUGGUACUGUAGAGGCCAGGCUGAAACGUCGUAUCUGAAGGAAGAAAGCAACAGCUGGACAAUGUUUCUUUGCAAAGCAACACUUGAACCAAAAGAUGCCUCAAUCCCAUUUUGAUGUUCAUUUUAGUGAAAGGAUGCAUCAGACCUCUUCCACAUCAUGCAUGUGGGAAAGGUUGGUUAUCAUUUUCCUUCUAACAAGUAUGUACAGAUAUUCGGUUACUAUACAUGUGUCUGUAGCAGUGUUUCUAGAAACAUCCCUUUUUGUUGAGAACCUCCUGUGAAUGUCACACUCACACCCGAUGGAUGGUUACUGGAUUAGAGAGUAGAUUUGGCACAUCUUUUAGUCUUUUGAUUCAGAUUCAAAACUUAAUAGCAAAAACCAGGUCAAAGUUACUUUCAGUUAGAAUUUAUUGCCAUUUAUUCCUUUUUAUAAAUUUCUGUAGAUUAUACUGGUUUUUUGUUAUUGGCCUAGAGCUACAAGUAUAUAGGUUUGUCCUGAGUCCAUUUUCAAAUGACCUUGUAAUAGGGAAAUGGUUUUGUCCAUGUUCUUGGAAAUACUUGUGUAUGUACAGAAGGGAGGGGUUAUUUUUCUACAAAGUAAUUUAUGAUUUCUAAUUUUCUAAUGUGCCUUGGAUAUGUGCCAAAUGAUGGAAAAGAAACAGUAAACUUUAUGAUUCUUGAA